AUGCAACUCCAGCUUUCCGCCCUUCUCUCACUCCUGACCGUCGCCCUCUUCGCCGUUCCCGCUUCGUCCCAACGCACCCUCAACAUUGAAGUCUUUGAUUCCCCCCGCCGAUGCCUAGGGACCAGUUUCAUCUUCCGUAACGUCGCCCCGGGUGUCUGCUGCACCAAUAUCCCUAGAGGAUAUGGGUUUUCCGCGGGGUCAGUUGGCGAUGGGUUCGUCACCAAUUCGUGCGCGAGCCAACACUUGUUUGAGGUCUUCCGAGGCGGAGAGUGCUGGCAGUCGAGGGACGGCCGCCGCGUGGGGGCUGUGCGCUGGAAACCAGCAGGACCCUGCCCGGGAUGUCUCUUGGAGGACGGACAGACUAAGGGCCCAGCACCAUCUGUGUUCACCUACGAUGAUCACUCCGGAGUCAAGAACACCAUCGUCGUUCCAGCUGAUGACGAAGAUGCCGCUCAGAAGAUUGCUGACCUGUACGAAGCGAAGGACUUUGAGGCGUUGGCUAAGUACGAGAAGGAAGAGUAAGAGGUUGAAAGUUCCCAUCCGUUGGGCAUUCUUGGAGAGACUGGAUAUGAGCUUUGAUAUGUUUUGAUUUUUUUUUAUUACGUAGACGCGACCGAGUUGCUUCCCGGUACUAAAUGCAACUUCAACCACACGAUCGCGUUUAUCUGGACAAUAUGUAUGAUAUUUGUGUCUGAUGUGUAGUCAUUCUGAUUCAAUUUGUGUGCUUGUGAAUGCGUUAUUUCAU